CACUUCAAUCCAUUUCCAAUGUAAUCGUAUAAUUUCGUUGAACGUCGCUUGCUGUUGACUUUGGUAUUGGUAUUUUUUUGUUUUUAUUGAACGGUUGAGUUUAGUUUAUAUUUAUUACCAUUAUCGAGCGGAUAUCGCGCGCGUAACCGGCCUACAUAAAUAACAGAAAAAUCAAAUGCGUUUCAUAUUAUUAAAAUAGAGUCAUUAUGAACCACAAAAAGCAAUAAUCUAAUAAUACGAGUGUUUUUAACGGUUUAUAGGACGAACGUUUUGAAUGUUUUUAGAAGUAUAGUGUUUGAAAAGAGAGAUACUAGUGAAAAUAACUAACUACUCUAUCGCAACUCUACUGUGUGCCAUUUACCUAACUUAUCUGCUGAAAAGAUAAAUACAAAAUAGAUGUACAUAACGGUGUGCAAACAUAUAAUGGCAGUUACAGCAGUGCUGAAAAUCUGUGUCGACAUCAUUGAACUUUAACUGCAGCGUAAGGACCAGGCAAUUAGCUUUAAUUACGACGCGUCUUAUCUGACAAAAAACAACAAAAAAAGGCAGAAAAAUACAAAAACUGAUAAAAAUCAUAUUAAACUGAUAAAGUGUGUAAAUAUUUGCUGAAUUUGUGCAACUAUUGUGAUAAUAAUAGAGUGUUACCCAGUGCCAUACGACAAGAGCAGUAGCCAACUACCGUUUAUUAUUAGCAAAUCGCUGAAAACCGCGGCAGUUAAUUUUUGCUGCUCAAACCAAAAGCAACCAACCGAGCGCUAGUCCCACACACAUACAGACACACACACACACAUAUGCAUGCGCGCUUUGUGCAAAUAGCGGAAAUAACGGCAUAUUUAAUAGCGCGCCACCAGUGCGUAGGUGUAAUAACGGCAUAUAUGCAUUAAGUGUAUUUGAGUGUAUUAGUGUAUGAGUGUGCGCGUGUUCGCGUGUGUAUGUAAAGUGAAGAAAAACCACCACAAACGCCAAUAAAAUUUGCAAACAAACCGCGUAAAUGAUGUUGCACUCCAUGAAAUUGUGCGCCGAUCAGCUCAAUGGCAUAACAGCAACACCUACGGAGGCCACAGCAGCGGCAACAGCAGCAGCAAUGCGCGUUGCUAAUCCGUCGGCAACAUUGCCAACACCUGUUGCCAUUGUAAAUGCAAAUGCCAAUGCUGCCAUUUCGGAUAAUAAUAAUUUAAAUACUAGCAACACGGCCGCCAGCAUCGCCAGCCUAGUCAGCAAUGGUAAUAUUAACAGCGGCAACAACAAUAGCAGCAGCAAUGGUAUCGUGCAUCGGCAACUUCAUCAGUAUCAAGGCAAAUAUUUGGAAGCGCCGACUGCCUCGAAAUUCCAUCCAUAUUUGCGUCCGACGGCAGUGUUGGCCAACGAGAAUUCGUGCAGCUCGCCAACUGUGGCGGGUACAAGUGCAUUUGCGGCAACACUGUUUCCCGCAUUUCAAAGUACGGUAAAUUCCAACGUUGCCGCCAACAAAACAACUGUAACCACAGCGGUUGUUGGCGGCGCUGUUAACGCCACGACAGCACCGAGUGGAUUACUUACUUUGCCAACAACGCCACUGACAGCCGUUUCGAACACCACCACCAACAGCAACAGCAACAACAACAGCGCGUCAGCUACAGCAGCGGCAUUCAUUAAUUCCGAUGCUAGCUUUGGUAAUGGCAACGGCGGCGUUGGCAACAACUACACAACAGCGCGCUUCGCAAGUGAACUAAUGUCUGAAAAUGAGGACAUUAAGAGCGCUCAACCAAACAGUAACGAACCUAAUCGUGCCACUGAAGCUUAUGCCGAGUCGAUGCUGACCGAUGAUUGCUCAAAUUUAAUAGCCCUUUCGAACAAUAAUUGCACAAAUGGCAAUACUGUGGAUAACACAAAUGGUGAUGCCACCGUAGAAAAUGAAUUCAACAAAGAUCAACCGGAUCCGGAUAAUAUUAAAAUGUUUGUCGGUCAAAUACCCAAGUCCUGGGAUGAGGCGCAAUUACGUAAAAUGUUCGAACAAUAUGGACGCGUGCAUACUUUGAACGUGCUGCGUGACAAGGUGACGUCGGUGAGCAGAGGGUGCUGUUUUGUUACGUAUUAUACACGCAAGGCUGCUUUGAAGGCACAAGAUGCCUUACAUAACAUAAAAACACUCGAAGGGAUGCAUCAUCCCAUUCAAAUGAAGCCGGCUGAUAGCGAAAAUAGAAAUGAGCGUAAACUUUUCGUUGGCAUGCUGAAUAAAAAGUAUAAUGAGGCCGAUGUGAGGCAGCUGUUCACGGGCCAUGGCACCAUCGAGGAGUGUACGGUGUUGCGCGACCAAAAUGGGCAGAGCAAAGGUUGCGCUUUUGUGACGUUUGCAACGAAGCACAAUGCCAUUGGAGCGAUUAAGGCACUGCAUCAAAGCCGCACCAUGGAGGGUUGUUCGGCGCCGCUCGUUGUCAAAUUCGCCGACACACAGAAGGAGAAGGACCAAAAGAAAAUGCAGCAGCUGCAGGCGAGUCUUGUCGGCAUUACCGCACUGACGACCCCCUCUACCGGCAGCAUUGCCGGUCUGGCUGCGACGCCUACCAACGGCCUCAGUCCGGCUUCGGGCGCCACCCUAGUACCCAGCCCCCUAACGGCGGCCAGCGUGCGCUCAAAUUCCUCAAUGUCGGCAGCAUUGGCAGCAGUGGCCGCUGCACCACAACCCACCGCUGUCGCUAAUCCUGCCUCCGCUUUGGUACCCACUUCGGCAGCGAUCUCAGUGUCGCCAUCACUUUUAACGGCCGCCGGCACAGCAGCGCAGCAAGCAUCGCCAUACCUGACCACCACGGAUGCCAUGAAUGCGUCGGCCGCACAGCUACACCUAUUCCAGCAAUUGCAGGCCUUCGGUCUACAUCCAGCGCAGUAUUUACAAGGACUAAAUUUCCCACCGGAUCACAGUGUCACAACCGCAUCUCUAUCGGCCGCUGCCGCCGCCGCCACCGCCGCCGCCAACCAUGCCACAGCCGGUGCAGCUGAUGCGUCUGGCCAGCCCAGCAACACUGUUGGCAAUGGACUACUCUCAGCUCGAUCCAUUCCGAUGCAGAACCUGGUAACGCUGGCCGCACUAGGUGCGCACAACUAUUCACCCAACCAAGCGCUGCAGUCACACAGUCACCUCGUCGCCUCAUCACAACAACAACAGAGUCAACACCAACAACAGCAACAACGUCAAAUACACGGCCUGUCGUAUGCCCCCGCACAGGCGUUAAGCGCCAGCAAUCAGGCGCAGGCGCAAGCGCAUAUGGCCCAUCUACUACAAUCACCUCUAACUAUGACUGCACAGCUGACCGGAGCCACCGCUGCCAAUCUUUGGCCCGGUGGAGAAAGCCUUACCUCACCCUAUGCACCGACACUAAGCCCCUUAACUAACGGUGCCGCCUUUGCAUCAACUGCUACACCACUAACCACCACAGCACUGCAGGCCGCGGCAGCAGGAGUCGCUGGGAAACAAGUCGAAGGACCCGAUGGCAGUAAUCUUUUCAUUUACCAUCUACCUCAGGAAUUCACCGACACUGAUCUCGCAUCCACAUUUCUGCCAUUCGGCAAUGUGCUGUCCGCCAAAGUGUUCAUCGACAAGCAAACUAAUCUGUCCAAAUGUUUCGGUUUUGUAUCCUACGAUAAUCCGCUGUCGGCGGGCGCGGCCAUACAGGCGAUGCAUGGUUUCCAAAUCGGCACCAAACGCUUGAAAGUACAACUAAAGCGCUCCAAGGACGCAGCUAAGCCAUAUUGAAGCAGCUAAAGCAUAGUCGCCUGCAGCUAAUGUGUGACAAUGCGGAUGAUCAAUGAGACGUUGAAGCGGAAGUAGUAGAAGAUAAAGAGUAUAGCCUGCAGCGACAAAUAAACCAAAGGCCCCAAAUUUUCAUAGUGAAAAUAAAAGUUCAAGUCAAAGUGCUUAAAAGCACACACACAUACAUAUAUACAUCUAAUUGCAUAUAUAUAUAAAUAUAAAGACCAAAGAAAGAGCUUAAACUAAAACAAAGCAAGCAAAAAGUGUUAGGGAAGUAGCUUACCUGAAGCAUGGUUACAUUCAAACAAAUUUGCUGAAUUGUUUAGGGAUAAAUUAAAAAGCAAAAUAAAGGCAAACCAAAAUGUUGAUUUUUGUUUUUGUAUGUAAAAUGUAACUAUACAAAUAUAUUCAGCAUCAAUUGUUAUACCUAGUAUAUAUAGUAAUAUUUACAAAAGUCCAUAUUUACAAAGAAAAAUUUGUUCUUGUAAUUAAAUGUACCAUAAUUACACCUUCAUUGCGUAAGAUUUGUUAUAAAACAUAUUUUUUUUUUCAAAAGUCAUUUUUUGCAAAUUUAAAUAUAUAUUAUUAACAGUGCUAUCACAUAGACCGAUCCACAAUUUCUCAAUGCCUCGAAGCAAAACAAAAAAAAUAUAUGCUCUGCAGCUAACUAAAGAUCUGGAACAAUUAAAAAAAAAGAUUUAGGGAAAGCCAGCGCUAUAGCUAAGAUAUUAUAAGACCAAAGUUGCUAUAAUUUUGAUUUUUUUUCAAAACCACUUUUUUUAACCAACAGUUUCAAGACUAACCACUUUUCGUUAACAAAUAGUCUCAAGAACAUAUUUGCUAUAAUUUUGAUUUUUUUCCAAACCCAGUUUUUUGUAAACAAAUAGUCUCAAGACCAAAUUUGCUAUAAUUUUUAUUUGUUUCUUCAAAACCACUUUUUAUAAACAAAUAGUCUCAAGACCAAAUUUGCUAUAAUUUUGACUUUUUUUUUUCAAAAUCAUUAUUUGUAAACAAAUAGUCUCAAGACCAAAUUUGCUAUAAUUUUGAUUAUUUUUUUCAAAACCACUUUUUGUUAACAAAUAGUCUCAAGACCAAAUUUGCUAUAAUUAAUUUUUUUCAAAACCACUUUUUGUAAACAAAUAGUCUCAGACCAAAUUUGCUUUAAUUUCGAUUUUUUUUUCAAAAUCACUUUCUGUUAACAAACAGUCUCAAGACCAAAUUUGCUAUAAUUUUAAUUUUUUUUCCAAACCCAUUUUUUGUAGACCAAAUUUGCUAUAAUUUUUUUUUUAAACACUUUUUGUAAAAAAAUAGCGUCAAGACCAAAUUUGCUAUAAUUAUGAUUUUUUUCAAAACAACUGUUUGUAAAUUUUUACGGUUACUUAGUUUUGACUGACUUCCGAAACAUGCCGAAAAUGCGCAAUAAUAGCUCAAAAAAAAAGCGCAAUUUCAUUAAAAAAUUUCUUUUCGCCGCUUGAAAAUUAAUUUCUUUAAAAGUUUUUUGAUGAGCUUUGGAAAAAUUAGACAUAAAUACUCUACACUUUGUUUCAUUGCUAUAAAGAUAGCCCUUCCACUACGAAAAAAUGGAAAGAAGCAAAUUUCUCUUUUUUCCUAGUUAUUUUCACGUGUUUCCAUUAUUAUUAAUAGGUGCGAAUAUUAAAUUGAGUUGGUGUAGUAAAAAAGUAUUUCGGCGGUCAAUAAAGCCCAUGUAUCCAAAAUAGGACUUACAUCAGCUGGCCAUUCCAAAAGAUCAAUAUUUUUACGUUGAAGUCACCUUGUCGUCAAAAGAUUUAGAACACUAAAACAGAACUUUUAAACUUCACUCGUGAUUUAUGUGAAGGUUUUCGCAAAUAUAUAGAGACUAUGAUUUACUUAUUACUGUGGUCUGACAGCUUUAGUUGUUUAUACCAGUUUAAGUAAUUUAUACCAAAAGUUUGUUCGCCUCGCCACUCUCUUAGAAUUGGCAAAUGGCAGCUCUCAUGAGUGUUCAAGGAAGAAUUUAACAACUUAAAAACAAAAACUCAGAAAAUUAAAGACAGAACUACUGAACUUCAUUUGUAAUAUAUCCAUCCACAUAUUUUCGAUUAAUAAAGUUACGACUCAACUAGAUUAAUAUUUUAUACCAGUUUGUUUGACCUAAAGUGUCAAAAUUUUAAAAUUUGUUCAGUUCUUUUAUUAAACAAUAAGUUUGCAUAGUUUUUAACACAACUUUAUAACAAAUUUUAAACAAAUUAAAUAUUUAUUCGUAAAAAGAAAGAUUCAAGUAUCAUUUUUUUUUUAAUUUAGGCAUUUUUCUGAAGUCAGUUGAGCAAUUUAAUCAAACUCCAAAUCAAGUUUUAUGAUAAGUUCCUUAUUUCUUUGCUGUUGUUGUUGUAGCGGGAGAAUGAUAGUCCUUGACCGAAUAAAAAAUCCGGUCUGUUCCGGUUACGUAGACCCAAUUGUCGUGUGAAUUAUUCUUAUAAUUAUUUCUAUAAAAGUUGGCAGCUCAUCAACCAUUAUACGGCAGCUUUAGAGGCAAUAACUUGUUAGUAUUUUUAUAAAUUAUAAUUUACUUUAUUUUCUUAAAAUUCUGCCUUCUCUUCUACCUAACCUUCUAAGUAAAAUAAAUUAAAAAUAUUUUCCAAAAUAUAAUGGGUGCAUUUCUCAUAAGCUCGAGACAUUCGUAGCUCUGCAAAGAUUUCAUUGCACAUUUACACAAAUAAAAUAAAUAAAAUCUUUAUAAAAUAGUUUACACAGGAUCAGUUCUCAGUAAGCGACUGGCAAAAGAACGCACAACUCGCUUAAAAACUCACCAAAAGAAGCAGUAAGUUCAGAGUAUUUUAUGCUAAUUUGGUACAGAAAAUGAAUGAUUAAGUUGCUAUUAUCCCUUGAAAAGCGUUUUCGUAUUUUAGCGCGCGUUCUUUUGCCACUCGCUAACCAAAUAACGGUAUAUAUAAUAACGUUGCCACAUUACACCACACAUUCUUAGUAGCCAUGCAGUGAUCAAGAGAGCUUUUCUUGCUGGAUCAAUGUAAACAUAGCACAAAUGUUAACCGUAAGCACAUAUAUUUUAAACAGUUACAUUUAAAAUAUAUUUUAAUUUUGCUUUUGUUAACUGCAUAAUAAGUUUAAGCCAAGCUCUUAGCGCAAGCACUUCUUAGUCAUGAAACUUUCGCACCAAAUAAAAGUUGCAACAAAAUAAAAUAAAAUUUGUAGGUCACAAAUUGAGUCAUAGUAAUUACAAAGAGUCAAAUACAUACAUACAGUUAUGUUAUAUAAACAUCUCCGAAUAUGCCACGCUUUGUUUUAACGCAUACAUACAUAAAUCAAAUUUACAAAUUUUUAAUUAAAAUUAGUUGUGUGACUUAGUCUUAGGCCAACAUUCGUAGUAAAUUAGUAGUGUUUUUAGUUUCCGUUAAAUAUACAUGUAUGUGCAACAAUUUGUUGCGCGUAGAAAUUUUAUAAUGUAGGCAUACAGACAUAUACAUACAUAUAUGUACGCGCAUAAGUGUAUAUGUGUGCUAUCAAAAGUGUACUUACUAUUUACAUAGCGGUAAAUUAAGUGUUUAACCUUCAGACAGAUUCAUAUUCACGAGUGAAAUAUGAAUGCAUAUACUAAUAUAUAAUAUAUAUAUACAUACUUACAUACAAAACGCUACAAUUUUGUAGAAUUUUAUUUUUUCUGUGGAAAUCUGUAAAACGGAAAACUAUUUUUAGAGCAUAAUAUUAAAUAUUAAUAAAUGUAUUAUUGAAUUAUUAUUUAAUAAAAUAAAGAAACUAGUAAAUGCAUUAAUGGGAAUAUAUUGAAA